AUGUCUACCUUCGUUGAUACCCAAUGGGAUCCGUUGAGGGACAUUACCGAUCUCCGUGGUUACGUUGUUGUUGUGACAGGAGGAAGCAGCGGAAUCGGCUUCGCAACGGUUAGCCUCCUUGCACGACGUGGAGCAAAGGUAUACUUCACAACACGAUUUGAGUCGAAAGCCCGAAAGACAAAGGAGACACUCCAAAAUACGCACCCAGAUAUCGAUCCGAACAAUAUCGAAUGGCUAUUGUUGGACUUAUUCGAUUUGAAAAGUAUUGAUGCAGCUACUAAUAAGCUGAAAAUGAAGGAAAGAAAGCUGGAUAUCCUAAUUAAUAACGCUGCGGUCUCGACGUCAUCCACUGAGCUUGUAGCUGAUAGAUGGGAACAACAUAUGGCAGCCAACCAUGCGGGCCCUUUCCUCUUUGUCAACCGUGUCUUGCCGCUUCUCAAGAAUGCUCUGAAAGAAAGGGACAGCGAUGUUAGGAUCAUAAACCUCAGCUCCAUCGCACACGUCAGCAUGCUGCCGCAAACCUUCAAGUUCACGUUCGACUCUGCCGCUUGCCUUAGCAACCCGGUUCCGUCACACCCCUGGCAAUGGCGAUGGUUUGGCAGAUUCAUAUUCGGCUUCGAUAUAGUCCGCUACGCCGUGUCAAAAGCCGCCGUCGUUUUGUUUACAAAGGAGUUGCAACAACAGUUGGAUGAGCAGGAUCUUCCUAUCAUAACUAUUGCUGUACACCCUGGUGAGGUUGCUACUGAGGGUGUGAUGGCGAUCAACAAUGCAUUUAUAAAGACCCUAGCCCGGAUAUCCUUUCUCACUCCCGAACAAGGUUCGGCUACUCCUAUCUUUGCGGCGACCGCUAAAGAGGUGCGACAGAACGCUGGGAAGUACAAGGGCAAGUUCCUAGUUCCCUUUGGCAGAGUUGAGGCUCCGAAUACCGUUGUCGAAGACGAUGGACAAGUCAAAGGGUUGUGGAAGAACACGACCAGGGAAAUUAACAAGAGGCUUGUUAGUGAAGGUCUCCCACUCUUGGAUAUGUGGUGA